AUGGCGGCUAAAGUUGGACGUCGUACUCUUCGACAACGCCGUCGAACUGUUGAGGCUACAUACGAGGAACCAGAGGAGAAAGCUCCUUCAUCUGAUCAAGCGGCUCCAAAAAAGGACAUCGUCUGUUUGGAUGAAACACGAGUUCGUUUGACGUUGAACGUGCCACCUGCUACUGAUUAUAUUCAUGCUAAUUGGAUCAAAUUCGAAGGUCACGAUAAGGAGUACAUAGCUACUCAGGCCCCUCUCGACAAUACAAUCGAAGAUUUCUGGCGUAUGGUCUUUCAAGUAGGCUCUCCACACAUAGUGAACCUCACAAAGAUUCGUAAUCUAUACAGUGGAGGUUCUGCCGGAAGGUUGUUCAAAUUCAAAUAUAGUGAAGGUAUUAAUGGUUUUCGUAACCAGUAUAGCUUUUCGGAUCAGAUCCGCAUAAACGCAUGGGGAUUGAACAAAGCCGUUGACAAAAUUUGGUAG